CAAAGCCAAGAUCAAUAUACAAAAGAAAAAAGUUAACUUCUAUUCAAAAAUAAUAAUGAAAUCUGCAUCUUUGUUUUUGGUUUCUUAUGUUUUCACGUUCCUCCUUUUAAGUCAUCUCCAAGAAGUGGAGGGGGUAAGCCCGAUGAACCAAUGCCCACGGAAACAGAUAUUCGGCGGUGGAGGUUGCGGAAGCGAUGGAAACAAGACUUGCAUUGACAGUUUUGUUAAACAAGGAGGUGACAGGCCUAUUAGUUGCGAGUGUGAUGACAUUGUGGAUGAACAUUUAUGCCGAUGUAUUUUUCCUUGCUAAGUUUUAUAACAUCCAUACAACUAGAUUUAUAUGGAAUAAACUGUAGAAGUAACUUUAAUACUUUCGAUGUAGAAUCUCGACCCUAUCGAAUGAUAAAGAGAAUAAAAUUACGAAAAUAUCAUUUUU